CGGGGUCGUAACAUUGAGGUGUAUAUAACCUCAAUGGGUCGUAAGCGAUUUUGCCGUGAUUACGGAACUGAUUUUGGUCGAUUAACCGGUACGUGCAAGCCUAGUGGGGACCAGGCUUUGGUGGAGACAGCGUCAUCAUUAACAUUCAGACAUUAGGGACAUUUCAGUGUUUACUUCACAGCCUAGUGAUCUGCCAACUGCUUCAGCACCAUGAUAGAGGUGACUGCCCGUCUUGCAAGAGGUUCUGCGUAUUUUGCCGGUGAACCUAUAAAAUGUCUUCUCACAUUUAAAAAUGUAGGAAACCCGAAGGAUCCUAUGUCAGAAUCUCCAAAGAAGACAAGUGCGAAAGCAGAUACAUUGGCCUGGGCUAGUGCACAAAUUGCAUGUUUUUGUAGUGUAAGCGGUUCCAGGGUUAUCAUGCCAGAAUCUUUAUCAAACAACAUGAUGAUGGCGUCACAGGAAGUCAAAAUGCAACAUCGCUUGCCACACAAAGAAGAGCAUGGGCGGUGUGUUUUACAGACAAAUAUUAAAAUACUGUUUUGUGACUUGAGAUUAAUGCCUGGAGAAUUGAAGCAUUUUUGUUUCAACGAUGUCAUUCCCAGCCAUGCAUUCCCAUCAUACAGAGGCCCAUCGGUCAAAUAUUCAUAUAAGAUAACAAUUGCAAUGCAGAGAGUUGGUGCUCCUGUUAGAGUAUUGAGAGUUCCAUUACGAGUUCUUGUUUUAUAUGGUGUAACAGAAUUCAAAGUGGAAGACGAACCUCUAACAAAUAGUUUAUUUAUUCCUACACCUGAACCAACCAACUUGCUUGAUAUUGCAUCAGAGAUUCUCAGCACAAUAACAUCAAGAAAAAAUUCUCAUAAUUAUAAAAUUGCGAACACCAGCGGAACAAUCACUGUCUUUACAUUAUUGAAAGGAUCAGUUAGACUUGGUGAAGAUAUUGUUGGAAUGUUUGAUUUUUCAUCUGGUACAGUUCCCUGUGUUCAAUUUACGGUCUGUCUUCAAAGUGAGGAAGAAAUAUCAGAAGAAUGUCAGCGACACCAAGAUGUAGGAAAUGCGAUACUAUCCUAUGAAAAACACACCCAGUAUUGCCUAUUUCUCAAAAAAACUCAUAUAGCUGUACCAGUGCCAUUACACAGCACACCUGGAUUUUUAACUGACCUAGUUUGCCUUAAAUGGAGAUUGCAUUUUGAAUUUGUUGUCAGCAAAGGACCAUUGAAAAAAGUUAAACUAGACCCUACCCAAUCAGAUGAUUGCAUGUGGCAAGGUCCUUCACAUUUAGAGACGGAUACGGUAUCCUGGGAUUUGCCGGUUCGAAUAUUACCUACAAUGCCCAUGCAAGCAGAAUCCAGUGGAUGUACAAUGAACUCCUAUUCAUUGACAAUUUGAGCAUCUACUUGCCAGCAAUUGUUGUUAAAUUGAGUUAUCCUCGUUGACAGUUUUGUCAAUAGAUAGCAAUUGGCAGAAGACUUGGAAAUGUAAAAGACCGAGUGACCUCAACGCGUAUUUCCGUCCUCUUACUAAGAGAUAUCUGUGAAGCUGCCAUCAAACACCGUGAAUAUGACUCCAGAAUGAGUUUGUGAAAGUUAAAAUAUUGUUGCAUUGCAAUAUAUUGAUAUAUGUAGGUUUAUCUCUGAAAUCAAUUUGUUGUUCCGAAGUAAACUUUAAUAAUGUCAUCCAGACCAGAUCUAG